CGGAAGCAGGCCGUGGCGCGGGAAGGCGACGUUCGCCCCGCGGCCCCACGGAGGGGCUCUGGCUGAGGCAAUAUGUCGUUGCCCAAGAAGAGAAAGACAGAAGCGGCUGACGGCGGCGGAGGAGAGGGCAGCGCCGGCGAAGAAGAAGAUGGCGGAGAGCGCGACCCGGGCGGGCCAGAGGAGGCCCAGGAGAGCGAGCAGGGCGCGCGGGAUCGCCUGUACUAUGAAUGCUAUUCGGACGUGUCUGUGCACGAGGAGAUGAUAGCUGACCGCGUCCGCACGGACGCCUACCGCCUGGGCAUUCUGCGCAACUGGGCGUCGUUGCGGGGCAAGACGGUGCUGGACGUGGGCGCGGGCACGGGCAUCCUGAGCGUGUUUUGUGCCCAGGCCGGCGCGCGGCGCGUGUACGCCGUGGAGGCCAGCGAUAUCUGGCAGCAGGCCCGUGAGGUGGUGAGGCUCAACGGGUUGGAGGACCGCGUGCACGUGCUACCGGGCCCCGUGGAGACCGUGGAGCUACCCGAGCGCGUGGACGCCAUAGUCAGCGAAUGGAUGGGCUACGGGCUGCUGCACGAGUCCAUGCUGGCGUCCGUGCUGCACGCGCGCGCCAAGUGGCUCAAGGAGGGCGGCCUCCUGCUGCCGGCGUCUGCCGAGCUUUUCCUAGCGCCCAUCAACGACCGGACGCUAGAGUGGCGCCUGGGUUUCUGGGGGGAGGUGAAGCAGCGCUAUGGCGUGGACAUGAGCUGCCUGGAGGGUUUCGCCACCCGCUGCCUCAUGGGGCACUCAGAGAUCGUGGUGCAGGGGCUGACCGGCGAGGAGGUGCUGGCCCGGCCCCAGCGCUUUGCCCAGCUGCAGCUGGACCGUGAGGACUUGCAGCAGGAGCUUCAGGCCGGCGUGGGUGGGCGCUUCAGCUGCCGUUGUUACGGCUCGGCCCCCAUGCACGGUUUCGCUCUCUGGUUCCAGGUUACCUUCCCCGGUGGGGAUGGCGAAAAGCCCCUAGUGCUGUCCACUUCGCCUUUCCACCCGGAGACUCACUGGAAGCAGGCGCUCCUCUACUUGGACGAGCCGUUGCAGGUGGAGCAGGACACGGACAUCUCCGGAGAGAUCACGCUUUCGCCGUCUAGGGACAACCCACGCCACUUGCGGGUCCUGCUCCGCUACAAAGUGGGGGACCAGGAGGAGAAAACUAAGGACUUUCGCAUGGGGGAUUGACUCUGUAACCAAGCUUCCCUUCCUUUCACCCCUGAGGGAGGAUGGCAAGGGAUUGGGAGACUCGGAGGGAAGGGGGGCACUAAGAUAAGACUGAGAUUUUUCGAUUGCCUUUUACCUCGUUUGGCACUUGGGGAGAGGGGUGGAGUUUGCUGUGGCCUCAAGUCUUCUCUAGAGAAGACAACUUUCUGGUGAUUGUAACGCUAUUUUUAAAAAAAAAAGUGCUUACUAACAA